AUGAAGAAGACCUCUGUGUUGAAGCUUAUAAAGCUUAAAGGCUAUGCCAUUAAAUUUGCUGCUUCUGAAAGAACAGUGGAUGCCAUAGUUCUUCUUAAAAAAAAUAUAUUUUUGGACUGUGUUUAUUCUGGUAACGAUAAUAUAACGCAGACAUCAUGGUUUAAGAAAUCAGGAUCUUCUGAGGAAAAAUUGUGUUUGCAUGAUACGCACUAUGGGACGCACAUUCCAGAAAAGUACAAGAAAAGAGUGAUAUUAACAGACAAAUACUCCUCAUCUCAGGACAAAUCUAUAAUAUUGGUUGAUACCUCAGAAGAGGACAUUGGAACUUAUAUCUGUUAUAUUAGCACUUUUCCUGGAGGAACAUUGAAGAAAAUAAUAUCUGUGCAAAAAGAUGGAUUUAAUAAAUUAAGACCGUCAUCUCAUCAUACAUUUAUGGAGCAUCAAAAUGUCACCUUGCAUUUCCAGUGUACUUUGAAAGGAAUUGUAAAACAAGUAACACUGGUAAGGGUUGGUGAUGACAAAGUGGAUGCCAUUGCUUUCUGUGGAGUGUCCUUGAAGGCAAAUUAUGCUUUUGAUUACAAAGAACGUGUUUUCGUGGACUGCUUCAAUAUGUCCAGUAUUGUUCUUUUCAUUCCCAGGAUUACUAAAACGGAUGGAGGUCUUUAUUUGUGUACUUUUUACACAGAUAUAGGAAACCACUCUAUUGUUGUAAAUUUGCAGAACCAAAAAAGCUCCCUUUUCGCUCCUUUUGUCUAUGGAGGAUGUACUCUCGUCGCUCUUGUCGUGGCCGGCAUUAUCAUUACAUUUGUUUGUAUUACAAGGAAAUCAAAAAGUACUAAAAGUAAGGUGGAAUUAUCAAACCUUCCUAUGACCUCAAGGAGAGAACAGGCCCCCAUUGAGGAUGAGCAUCUAUAUGCCAACUUCACAACUAAAACCAGAGGAAGAUAA